AUGUCUGCCGCCGAUUUCGCGCCCACAGUGAACAAUGUGGUGGAGGACCAUUCGAAAGAACUCUGGGAGCUGAGUCGUUUCUUGUUCGAGAACCCCGAGUUGGCAUUGGAAGAAGUCUUGGCUCACGACAAACUGUGCGAGUUUCUCGAACGGAAAGGCUUUUCUGUACAGCGGCAGUACUGCUUGCAGACUGCCUUCAGGGCGGAAUUCGACGCUCCAGCGGGAUCAAAUGGGCCGUGCGUAGCUCUGCUCUGCGAGUACGACGCGCUCCCAGAAAUUGGUCACGGCUGCGGGCACAACCUCAUCGCCGAGGCGUCAGUCGGCGCCGCUCUCGCCGUGCAGGAGGUGAUGCAGACAUCCGAGGACUUUCGUGGAAAGCUGGUGGUCCUAGGCACUCCAGGCGAAGAGGGCAAAGCCGGCAAGCAGCUGCUCAUUGACCAUGGUGCGCUCGAGGGCAUCGAAGUGGCCAUAAUGGCGCACCCGUCUCCCGCCGAUAUCGUAACGCCUCUUUUCUCAGCGUCGCAAGCGCUUGAAGUGCGUUUCAAGGGCAAGCCUGCCCACGCGGCAGCCUACCCAUGGGAAGGUGUGAACGCCCUGGAUGCUGCAAUAUCGUCUUUCGUCAAUAUCGGUCUUCUCCGUCAGCAGUGCAAGCCCUCAUCGUGGAUUCAUGGGGUCAUCACAGAAGGUGGAAGGUACCCGAACGUCAUUCCAGAGAAAACAGAGCUUCAAUUCUGUGUGCGCUCCGAUUCUAACGCGGAACUGCUGCUUCUCCGUGACCGAGUGGAAGCCUGCUUCAAGGGCGCAGCCGAGGCCACAGGCUGCUCGGUAGGCAUUCGCAGGGAGCCCUUUUACAUGGACGUCAUCCAGAACGCCGCAGUCGCCGCGUGCUACCGAAAGCACGGCCACUCUCACGGGUUGUCCUUCCUCGACGACUACGUGAAAAAGCUGCCGGUCAGUGGCGCUUGCACCGACUGUGGCAACGUGUCUCAUCGCGUGCCCACGUUGCACGCCGUGUACACCAUUGGCGCCGGCCAUUUGCGGGGACCAUCCAACCACACGCACGAGUUCGCAACCUUGGCCGGAUCCGAGGAAGCCCAGCCGCCCACUUUGAGAACGGCCAAAGUGCUUGCACUGACCGUGCUCGACCUGCUGACAGACGUUGAGCUGAUGCGCAAAGCGCGGGCCGAAUUUGAUAAUCUGCAGCUGCAAUUGAAUGCGCAGAUGGAAAGGAUGACACGCUGAAUAAAGUUUCACGCGGUUCCUCAUAA